CCACAUUGGCAUUCAUUGGCAACUGUUUAUCUCCAGCACCACAUCAUGAUUAGCACCAUCCCUUCGUCUUCCUCGGCAUGGACUGAACGUCUGAAGCAUGCCGAAGAACUCAAAAAGUCGAAACAAUACGACCAAGCCUUGAAUGCAUACAAGGCUAUUCUCGCACAGCAAACCCAGGGCGAGGAGGAACUUCGAGAGCAAGAAUUGGCAAUCAUUCACCUGGGAGAACUCUACAGAGAUCUUCAAUUACCGCAAGAAUUAGCGGAAUUGUUCCGUUCCUCGCGUGCAUUCAUGUCAUCGAUCGCCAAAGCAAAGACGGCCAAACUCAUUCGAACACUUGUCGAUAUGUUUAGUGAAAUACCAAACUGCCUGCCACUUCAGAUUGAAGUUUGCAAAGAGAACAUUGAGUGGUGUGUACAAGAAAAACGCAUCUUCUUGAAGCAAUCACUGGAGACACGUUUGGUGGCUCUGUACCUCGACAACAAGAUGUACCACGAAUCGUUGAAUUUGAUUUCGCAGCUUUUGAAAGAAUUGAAACGAUUGGAUGAUAAGAUGAUGCUUGUGGAAGUUCAGUUACUCGAAAGUCGCGUCUGCCAUGCCCUGCGAAAUAUUCCCAAGGCUCGCGCUGCGUUGACUUCGGCACGUACAUCUGCCAAUUCCAUCUACUGUCCUCCUCUAUUGCAAGCCGCACUCGAUAUGCAAUCGGGUAUCUUACACGCUGAAGAAAAAGACUACAAGACGGCGUAUUCCUACUUUUUUGAAACCUUUGAAGGCUACUCCAGCCAAGAAGAUGCCAAGGCUGUAUUGGCUUUAAAGUAUAUGUUACUUUGCAAGAUCAUGCUCAACUUGACCGAUGAUGUCCAUGCCAUCAUUGGUGGUAAAGUGGCUUUAAAGUAUGCCGGUCCCGAAAUUGAGGCGAUGAAGGCCGUUGCCACAGCACAUCAGAAUCGAAAUCUUCAGGAAUUCGAAACGGCGCUUGCUACGUACACAAAUGAACUGAACAAUGAUCCUAUCAUUCGAACACAGUUGGCUGCUCUCUAUGAUACUUUACUUGAGCAAAACUUGGUUCGUAUCAUUGAACCGUUUUCGCGUGUAGAGAUCUCGCACAUUGCCGAUAUGGUGAAAUUGCCCACACAACAAGUCGAAGCAAAAUUAUCGCAGAUGAUUUUGGACAAGGCAUUCCAUGGUAUUCUCGAUCAAGGAGCCGGAUGCUUGAUCGUAUUUGACGAACCCGAAGAAGAUAAAACUUAUGAAUCGGCCAUCGAUACGCUGAAACAAGUCGACAAGGUGAUCUCCAGUUUGUAUCAAAAGGCUGCAGCAUUGACUUAGAAAUAACGACUAGGCGAUGACUUAUGUUUUGUAAAAAGAAAAUUAAAUGACGUUUGUUGAUCGAUGUGAUCUACUAACCUUACAACAGCAAUAUUGUAUGUUGUAUUCUGGAAAGAAUGCGAGACCUCAUGUGAACAAAAGCAUGACAACAACAUAGUAACUGAUGUUGAAGUAAUGAUUGCUGGAGUAUUUGAAAAAGAGAGCUUACUUUUUGGCCUGAGUUUUUGUUCCAAACCUUUAUACAAAAGCAUGUGUUUCGGACCAACUGGAUUGUAUAAUCAUUUGUUUUCCUGGACUUGUUUCAGCUUGAUGGCUCUGUGAUGCGGGACUCCUUAUUUUUAUCGGCUACUUUGAAGUGCUAUGUCCGCUGUCCUGUUGCU